UGUCUGGAAGACCAUCUUCUGGUGACAACUUUGGAAAAUCCAAAUAAAACCAUUUUAGCGAAAAGACGAUGAGUUCCCUGCAACAUGUGAAUCCCAGGGUGAGGGGGAUCAGAGCGCCACCACACAGUCGACUGCAGAGGCUGGCUGUACGCAUCACACAAGACAUCACACUGGGGGCGCUGAAACCUUUUGUAAAGGUGAUUGAUGUCAGCUCAGGUGAUCCCCACAGAGCAGGAAUGAAGCCCAUUACAUUUGUUCGCCAGGUCUUGGCAGUGUGUCUGCUUCCUCAGCUGCUGGAAGAAAACUCUCUUCCUCUGGAUGUCAGGCUGAGGGCUCGGAGGCUCCUGGAGGCCUGCGAUGGAGGAAGUGUGGGUUCCUACACAGCCUCCUCUGGCAUGCUUCAUGUCAGGCAAAGCAUUGCUGAGUUCAUCACGAGACGAGACGUCGGAGUGCCUUCAUACGCCGAAGACAUCUUCAUUUCUGCUGGUUUUCAAAGGGCCCUGAUGGUGGUUAUGAAGCUGCUGGCCAGGGGCCAAGAGGAGACCCAGACAGGCGUGUUGACCCCGAUGCCCUGCCCGCACACCCUGCCGGCGCUUCUGGAUGAGGCCGGGGUGACUCUGGUGCCACACCAGCUGAUGGAGGGCCGAGGCUGGGCUGUGGACCUGGACGAGCUGCAUCGAGCGCUGAAGACCGCUAGGGGACGCUGCGAACCCAGAGCCAUUUACAUCAGCAACCCAGGAAACCCCACGGGUCAUGUGCAGGACUGGAAAUCAAUAGAGGAAGUGAUUCAGUUUGCAGCGGCUGAGCGACUCUUACUGUUGGUUGAUGAGGUGUACCAGGACAGUGUGUAUGGACAUGGCCGAGAGUUUAUUUCCUAUAAGAGAGUGCUGUUCGAGAUGGACGAGGAGUACUUGGAGACAGUACAGUUGGUGUCCUUCCACUCUUUGUCCAGUGCCCAGGUGGGAGAGUGCGGCCUGAGGGCAGGAUACAUGGAGCUGGUCAACAUUGACCCAGAGGUGAUGCAUUUUGUAGAAACUAUGCUGUGUACUGAUAUCAGCACUCCAGUCACAGGACAGCUUGCUCUGGAUAUCAUGGUCAACCCACCGAAGCCGGGGGACCUUUCCUUUGACACAUACACUCGGGAGAUUCUCCUAUCUCGGGCUACUUUGUCCCAGAAUGCUCAGCGGGCUCAGGAGUUCCUGAAUGAUCUACCAGGGAUGAGCUGCCAGCCGGCGAUGGGGGGAAUCUACCUGUAUCCCCGCCUGCAUUUACCAUCUGAGAUUAUAGAGAAGGCUAAGAUAUUGGAGGUGGAGGCAGGUGUUCUGUAUUGCCAGAUGUUACUAGAAGAAAAGGGUGUGUUCUUAGGAGCAGGCUGUCAGUAUGGUGAAACAACUGGAAACAGCCAUCUGAGGUUAUGUAUUCUUGUUCUUCCGGACACCCUGGAGGAGGUCCUGGCUGGCCUUGCCUCCUUUCACCUUCAUGGACACACUUGAUGAGAGUGUGAGGGACAGAGACAUGGC